ACUUUGUACUGUAUCUUCUUCGUCCACUCAAGAUCCUCGUAGACCGCGAAUUCCGAGUCAUGAUGGAUGAAUCAAUUGUCUGUGCCAGUGGUCCCACAGUAUUCUUCCCUACACACGUACCCAGGUUCGGUGAGCAUUCAAUAUUCAAUAUUCAAGCUUCAAGUUUAGUAUGACUGCAAAAACCGCUGCGGUAUCAGCCCCUGCACUGAUGUACUUAUAGGUAGCCUGAGCACUGAAAAUUGAGUGCUAAACUUCCGGGAGAAACAUUUUACUCGCAAACGGUUCUGAAAAGAACUCUGCUUGUGCCCCAUCGUCUUGCUCGGCGCUCUCGGAAUGUGCGGCCUACUACCCGAACUGAACCAUUGAAUGAGAACCGAGGAAGCCGCCAUAUACUAGCGACCGUUAUACUUUAAGGUGCGAGUCGAAUAGUUGUGUUCUCUAACCAACCCCCCUGCCAUGGGUUUUUCGCACUUGUUUUUUGCCCUCCUAUAUCUCUCUGCUGAUGCUCAGGCUCUUUCCAUCAACUCGCAUGCCCCUUAUUCUUCCGGGCCGAUCCCGAAUCGAUAUGUUGUUGAAUUCAACCAAGAUGCAAGUGGUUUUAAGCGUGACUCUACCCCACACCAAGAAUUUCGCCAGGCUCUCGAGUCGCAGGAUGUGAGGCACGUUGUCAGGAAGGAGUAUAAUCAUCCGGUUUUCAAAGGGGUUUCGUUACAAGUAGAGGAUUAUACUGAUGUUUUCGAAUUGAAAAAUCUUCCUGGCGUGAAAGCGGUACAUCAAGCCCGCAGGUUCCCUCCCCCUCGUGUCCCUGCUCGUGUCGUCUCGAGCGCAAAGGACCCGAAUUUUCCAACCGACUCACAAUCGAGUCAUACGCUUACUGGCGUGAACAAGCUUCAUGCUCAAGGCAUUACUGGCAAAGGAAUCAAGAUCGGGAUGAUCGACACAGGUGUUGAUUAUAAACAUCCUGCUCUGGGAGGUGGCAUUGGACCCAACUUCAAGGUUGUGGGAGGAUUCGAUUUUGUCGGAGACGAUUACACCGGUGCCAAUGAACCUGUACCAGACUCGGAUCCCAUGGAUCAAUGCAAUGGACAUGGCACUCACGUCGCGGGAAUAAUCGGUGCCGACCCCGGCGGACCUGAAAAUCCCUUCAAUGUAACCGGUGUAGCAUAUUCGGCUUCACUCUCGGCUUACCGCGUCUUAGGGUGUGAGGGUGGCGUUGAAGACGAAGUGGUCAUCGAGGCUUUGUUGAGAGCAGCGGAGGAUGGGAAUAACGUCAUCACACUAUCACUUGGCGGCCCCAGCGGCUGGUCACAGUCACCAUCUGCACUCGUUGCAAGCAACAUCGCAGACUCUGGAGUGGCGGUCACAGCAGCAGCUGGAAAUGAGGGGAAGACGGGCGCUUGGUUCGCCGAGUUUCCUGCAGGCGGCAAGAGUGUCAUUUCCGUGGCCAGCGUGGACAACUCGGUCUUUCCCGUAGUAACCGCAAGGGUCCACGGCGUAGACCACGCUCCGAUACCAUACGAUGCGGUGUUCCCAUUGACCUCGGUACCAACACCGUUCCCUAUUUUUGCUCUUUCAAAUGAUACCACGGUGGCUGAUGAUGCAUGCGAUCCACUUCCGGACUCCAUUCCUGACCUGUCGCAAUAUGUGGUGGUUGCACGCAGAGGUUCAUGUACUUUUGAACAAAAGUUAAGGAAUAUUGGGGCCAAGAGAGGAAACUUGACUCUGUUUUACAACAACGAACCGGGCCUCCUGGGAAUCGAGGUUGGGGAGUUCCAAGCCGCAUUAAUUCGUGCAGAAGACGGAGAGUUCCUUGUCAAGCAAUUCGUUGACGGCGUGCCGAUUAUGUUAUCCUUCGAUGAAGACCUGGAACAGUUCCGUGAUCCAGCAGGAGGACUGGUUUCCUUAUUCUCGAACUAUGGUCCCACAAAUGAAAUGGACUUCAAACCAUCGGUUGCUGCACCUGGGGGCAAUAUCCUUUCAACCCUGCCCACAGCCUUGGGUUCAUAUGGUAUCAGAUCCGGGACAAGUAUGUCGACUCCCUAUGUUGCAGGGGUUGUCGCCUUGCUGCUCGAAGUGAAUGGGCAAUCAGACGAGGUUUCCCGUAACAUGCGAACCCUCCUUCAAACGACUGCUGCCAGCGUUCCUUCGAACUACACAGAGGGCGCCCCGCUGCAAACGCUCGCCCAGCAAGGGGCAGGGCUCGUCAAUGCGUUCAACGCAGCGUAUGCUACAACACUCGUAUCGCCCGGUGAACUCCUCCUGAACGACACGGAAAAUUUCCAGCCAGUACACAACUUCACAGUCCUCAAUAGCGCUCCUUCAUCGAAGACAUACAAGCUUUCCCACGAACCCGCUGGGACAGUUGCCACUGUGACUGAAGGAACAAACUUUACCGCCGUCGGACCCCUGCCUCUUUCGAACGACUAUGCCGAUCUUACCCUCAGUGAAACGACAUUUACGUUGCAACCCGGCGAACGCAAGACCAUUACGGCUACCUUUGCACCAUUGAAAGAGGACUCCAACACCUUACCUGUUUACUCUGGAUUUAUCCGAAUUGAGUCGGGCGACGACGGAGAACCUCCGCUUCAUGUGUCGUAUCUGGGAGCCGGAGGUUCUCUCAAAGACAGACAAGUUAUCGAUAACACUGAUGUAGUUUUUGGAGUGACACUGCCUGUCAUUCUCAAUGCCACCGGCGACCCUCAGGAAGUACCAACGAAUUAUACGUUCCAAGACGGUGACUUUCCGUCACUUCUUGCACGACUUAACUUCGGAACGCCUCUCCUUAUAAUUGAUUUAGUCCAAAGCAACACUGAGAUAAACAUAACCCUCAACAAGCGUGGUUCCUUUGGGCCUGCCUUCACGAACCCCAACAAACGUGAACCUGGAGGAAUCUUUACGGACGUGCCCAUUUCCGGCCGCCUGUUUGAAUUUCCCUAUCUCCCUCGUAACACCCUCGAGGAAGGAGGAUUAAAUCCUUUCAAUCAGUUCAAUAUCACUGAACCAAUAUUCGCCAAUGGGACGACUGUUCCUAAUGGCGCAUAUAAGAUCCUUCUCAGCGCUCUGAAAGUUACCGGAGACCCUUCGAAUGAGCUCGAUUACGAGACAUGGUUGAGUCCGGUUGUAGUGGGCGUGUCUGUUCCAAGUUGAAGUGAUUUCUUUUGACAUCUGUACUCGAAGCAUGGGGUCGGCAUCGAGGGUCCACCAGGAGCGAGACUGAUCACCUUCUUCUCUUGUUCCUCUCUUCCCUUCAUCCCAUUACAGCUCGCUACUUUCAACACUCACUCAGACCGAGCAUAUUCACUCUUUUCUCUUUUCACGCCCAUCAACGCUCCCUCGUACCUAUUUAUCAUUUAAGCAGUUAGUUGAUGCAUGGACCAUUGAUAUCUUGGAUAUACGACUCAGUCAAAUCGAGACCCAGAAUUAGUCAACCCAGUGAAUUUAUAUUUGUCUUCUGACUCGGCUUUGCUUGAAAGAUCUAGAAGGACUGUCGGAGUAACUCC